GACUUCUUCGCGAUUGCUUUGUGUAGCAACACAACAGAAAAAUACUGGCCAGAACUUGGAAGAGGACCAGAGUCAGAGCCAAAACGAGCAGAAGGUUGAACCCAGCUCUGCUGAAAAAAUGUUAACUGAAGAAAAGGCCAAACUGGAAGAACAACUAAAAGAAGUUACUGACAAGUACAAGCGUGCCUUGGCAGAUGCAGAAAACGUGAGGCAAAGAAGCCAGAAACUGGUGGAGGAGGCAAAGUUAUAUGGGAUUCAGAGCUUCUGUAAGGACUUACUAGAAGUGGCAGACAUUUUGGAGAAAGCAACAGAAAGUGUUCCAAAGGAAGAAAUUAAGGAUGAAAAUCCUCACCUGAAGAGCUUAUAUGAAGGUCUUGUUAUGACAGAAGUACAGAUUCAGAAAGUGUUUAAAAAACAUGGCCUGCUUAGACUGAAUCCUGUUGGAGCCAAGUUCGAUCCCUAUGAACACGAAGCGUUGUUCCAUGCUCCCAUGGAAGGGAAGGAGCCUGGCACUAUUGCAUUAGUAUCCAAGAUUGGCUAUAAGCUGCAUGGGCGUACGCUGCGGCCUGCCUUGGUGGGUGUUGUGAAAGACGCUUAGCUGCUUAAUCUGAGAAUUUAAAAUGCCAUACAACUAUUAAACAGCUGGAUGGUUUUUCUCUUACACCAUGCUUUCCUCAUUCCUCUGCCCCCUGAGAGGUUUAAAUGAAUUGGUUAAGGUCUCCCAGUGAAAAGGAAGCAACUGAUGAAAUUCUCCUGUGUAGUGGCCUUCAGCAUCACUGUUCUGUAAGCUCUCUUAAGUGUGAAAUACAAGAGUCAUUAAGCCCUCUAAUGCUUCCGAUUAGAUAGAUAACGUUUUUUUUACAACUAUUGCUACCAAAGGUAAGUUAAAUUGAAAGCAACAGAAUUUUGCAAUCUCACAUUUACCACUAUAUGUAGAUUGAAAACCCAAAUAGCAGUUCAAACACUUCCUUUUAUUUUGUAGAAUCUACCAUUGCAGAAGUGGGUGAAGUAGUACAAAGAACCCGUUUUCUGCAAGUGUCCAUCAGCUUUUUCACACUGAUGCCAUAAAUGCCCUUUUUUGCCUAUUCAGAAAUUCUCUCAACAACUGUAAUUGAAACCUUUGUGAUUUCUGACCUGUAAAUAAAAGGCAAUGGAGAGUAGACAUCUUUUGUAAUUGUUCAGCCCUUUUUGUUCUGUAGUAACAUUGACUCAAGGAAACCAUCUAAUACUUGUAUGGCAUUGAAGAACCAAUAGAAUUUAUCCUAUCUCUGGAUUUUUAAUUUAAUAUUGUAUAAAUUGGUUUAA